AUGCUGCCGUUCGCGCGAUCAUGGGACCACCGCCUAAAGCACGAGUCUGAGCCGUCAUACGCUGCUUCAGAAAGACUGACGCCGCUUGCGAAUGUCGAAGAGGGCCGCGUCCUCUCUUUCUAUCGUGGGACUUGCUGCACGAAAGAUCUUUCCUUGUCAGCGCCUCCUUCGAUCCAGACAACUGCCACCCCGCUGUUGUUGAAUUGUGGUGUCGAUUUGCCAACGUCAAACAUCCUCACAUCACAGUGCUCGGCAAAGAUGCUUGAAGCAGAGGGAGAUGCCAUCGUCUAUCGGUAUGAUAACGAGCUUCUCCGUCUCGAAGCAUGGGGGCCCAACGCUAUUCGUGUCCGAUCUACACGUUUGCCCGACUUCCCCUCGGAAUCGUGGGGCAUCUGUGCUCAGCCGCCCAGCGCUUCAGUCCAGGUCAAAGCGAUCGCAGCCUCGAAAGGUGGCGCGGCUUCUGACGGACUGGAGCUUACGAAUGGAGAGAUCAAAGCUUCGCUUUCUGCGCGAGGCAAAGUGGUGAUUUACAACACCAGCACAGGUUCUGUGCUGCUGGAAGAGUACUCUCGGAAUCGCGAUGACCCGCGCGAUCCCAACUGCAGCGCCCUUCUCAUCGAUGCGAGAGACUUCAUACCUAUCAUUGGCGGCGACUACAAGCUGCGUGCCCGCUUCCAGACGCAACACCCCAACGAGAAGAUUUUUGGAAUGGGACAAUAUCAGCACGGUCACCUCGAUCUCAUGGGCGUCGACCUUGAGCUUGCGCAUCGAAACUCGCAAGCCAGCGUGCCAUUCUUCCAGUCGAGUCGAGGGUAUGGGUUUCUGUGGAACAAUCCGGCCGUUGGUAGAGCCACCUUUGGUAAGAAUGUCAUCACGUUCGAAGCUGAGUGCACAAAGGUGCUCGACUAUUGGAUUGUUGCAGGGCAGACGCCUUGCGAAAUACAACGGGCGUACGCUCAAGUGGUUGGCAAGCCCCCGAUGAUGCCAGAGUGGGGUCUUGGCUUCAUGCAAAGCAAGCUGCGAUACCAAACUCAGGAUGAAUUGCUCUCGGUGGCACGCAAGUACAAAGCCUUGGACAUUCCUCUUGGCGUGAUCAUCUGCGAUUUCUUCCACUGGAGACGCCAAGGCGAUUGGACAUUCGACCCAACCUACUGGCCAGACCCCAAGGGCAUGGUGGACGAACUCAAACGAAUCGGCGUCGAACUCAUGGUCUCCAUUUGGCCCACGGUCGACAAGCGCAGCUCAAACUACGAACCUUUCAAGGAAUCUGGCCAUCUCAUCCGCACGGAGCGCGGCGCACGAACGCAAUUCGACUUUCUUGGUGACUGCUGCAUUGUCGACUUUACCAAUCCGGCGGCUCGCCAGCAUGUCUGGUCGAUCGCUCGGAAGAGCUAUCACGAUCUAGGCAUCAAGUUGUUCUGGCUUGACGAGGCCGAGCCAGAAUACCUCAAGUACGAUUUCGACCAUUUUCGCUACCAUAACGGACCUAUGCUGGCAGUUGGAAACGAGUACCCGCGCUCCUACGCUCGUUGCUUUUACGAGGGGCAGCUGUCAAGUGGACAGUCCGAGGUCGUCAACCUGAUCCGCUGUGCCUGGAUAGGAUCACAACGCUACGGCGCGCUUCUAUGGUCUGGUGAUAUUGCCUCCUCAUGGUUGAGUAUGAGAGCGCAGCUCGUUGCAGGUUUGAGCGUCUCGAUCGCGGGCAUCCCCUGGUGGAACAGCGACAUCGGCGGCUUCCAUGGCGGUGAUCCAGCGGACCCCGCGUUCUGUGAGCUGCUGGUUCGCUGGUUCCAGUGGGGUGCCUUUUGUCCAGUCAUGCGUCUUCACGGCGACCGAGAGCCACGCCAACCGAAGCCCGAUGCUGCUCGAAACGAUCCUGAUUACUGCCAGUCUGGUGCCGACAACGAAAUCUGGUCGUACGGCGAAGACAACUUUGUCAUUCUCAGGAAAUACGUACUCAUCAGAGAAGCGCUCCGCGAUUACACAAAACACGCGAUGAGGAUCGCUUCGGAGCACGGUGAUCCGAUCAUGCGGACACUCUUCUACGAAUUUCCCUCAGAUCCCGUCGCUUGGGAGAUACAGGACCAGUACAUGUACGGUGACAAGUACCUAGUCUGUCCAAUUCUUACUCCAAACUCGACGCAUCGCAGCGUUUAUUUUCCUCUUGGAGCAGAAUGGGCUCGCGUCUCGUUUGAUGACGGGGUUCUGACGACGAGUAAGGACAUUCUACAAGGUGGUCAAAAUGUGCGAGCCGAGGCGCCCAUCGAGGACAUGCCCGUCUUCCAGCGCCUCUAA